GAAACCUUUGAUUAUCAGGCCGUUUGACAGGUUUUAGGCCUGCAGGCUGGGCCUCAUGAGCACCUCAAAAUCGAACCAUGAGCUCAAAAUCGAAGAAUCUGGUGAUUGUGGGUGCGGGUCACCUGGGAUGUCGUGUUGCCCAACUUUGGCGCGAGUCCUACCCCGAAGCCAGGAUCGUUUUAAAAACGAGGUCGUUCAACGAGAAGCGGGCGACCCUGUGGUCAAGUCUGGGCUACAUUCCCGUCUCCUCGAAAGACCCCGGAGAAGCCGAAAAAUCGGAUUGUGUCAUCUUCUGUGCCCCACCGACUGGAAACGAUAAUUAUCCGGACGAUGUUCACCAAGCGCUCCAAGAUCAUUGGACUGGAUCCGCCCAAGGGGGCUUUGUUUUCACCUCUUCCGGUGGCGUGUUGGCUGAGAAUGGAGGUGGAGUGGUCAAUGAAGCAUCCGAGAUCAAGCAUUCCCCCUACAACGACAAGAUUCUCGAGGCUGAGAAGCAUACGUUGGAUAACGAAGGCUGCGUCAUACGCUUGGGCGGCCUUUAUGAGCAGAACCGAGGGGCUCAUAAUUACUGGCUCACGGUCAAAGAUGCCUAUCCUUCCGCUCCCAAUGGUCUGAUCAAUCUGAUUCAUUACCAAGAUGCCGCAUUGUGCGUCAUAAGAAUCCUGGAGAGACAGAUCCGUAGCCGAUUGUUCCUAGCCAGUGAUGGGCAGCCCAUCUCGAGAUCCGGAAUCUGCCAGGCCGCACGCUUAAACCCUGAUUAUUCGGACAAGAGCCUGCCCCGAUUUGAAGGCCAGGAGGAUUUGAUCGACGGGAAGAAGUAUGUCACGGCACGCCUUCAAUCUGAACUCGACUGGAAACCGUUGUUCCCUGACUUUAAAACAUUUAUGGCGGACAUGUACCAGAACGUUCAACCAUGUGAUUUAUUGGCAGGUUUAAAAUAAAUCUCUUCCAAUGUUUCAUUAUCACACUACAA